UUUAUGAAUGAAAAUUCUAUUUUCCCCGGCAGAUUCUCCUUUUAUUUUCUCACCUAUUUUCCCGAGAAACCCACGUAGGCAUUAAUGUGGUGGAGAUCAGCCUCCUUCAUUCUCGACAAGCAGGGCCAGGAGCGAAACGACGCCGUAUUGGCCUCGAAACCCGAUUCCCUCACUCUCUCCCCGCCACCACCGCCUUCGUCCAUGGCUGACGCUCUGCAGAGCCCUAACCCUAAGAUAUCAGCCUACUACCAGACCCGGGCGGCCCACCACGGCGUCGUCACCAGCGACUGGCUGGCCCAGGCCCAAGCUGCCGUGGGCAGAAACCCCGACGACCAAGGGCAAAUCGGCGCCGAGGUUGAAGCUAAGUCUGGGUCUAAUUCCGGCAAGCCCUUCAGCGUCAUCGAGGAGUUCAAUAGCUGGCGAAAGCAGCCCGAUUUGGCGGAGGCCGUGGCGGCGAUUCGGGCCUUAGCGUCUGUGAUUCGGUCCAGUGAGGCCACCACUAUGAUGGAGCUCGAAAUUGAGCUAAAGAAGGCCUCCGAGUCUCUUAAAUCGUGGGACACGACCUCUAUUUCUUUGACUGCUGGAUGCGACCUGUUCAUCCGGUAUGUUACUCGAACUUCGGCUUUAGAGUAUGAGGACUUCAACUCAGCCAAGUCUCGUUUGAUUGAACGUGCAGAGAAGUUUGGGGAGAUAUCUAUGAAGUUAUUCAGUCACACUCGUCUAAGAUUGCAGGCCCGCAGAAUCAUUGCUGUGCUUAGUCAAGACUUUAUAUUUGAUGGUUGCACCAUAUUGGUUCACGGUUUCUCUAGAGUUGUUCUAGAAGUAUUAAAGACUGCGGCACAGAGCAACAAACUCUUUCGAGUUUUCUGUACAGAGGGAAGACCAGACAGAACAGGAUUACGAUUGUCAAAUGAGCUGGCCAAGCUUGAUGUUCCUGUGAAGCUUCUAAUAGACUCUGCAGCAGCAUAUACCAUGGAUGAGGUCGACAUGGUAUUUGUUGGGGCAGAUGGAGUGGUUGAAAGUGGAGGUAUCAUCAAUAUGAUGGGAACAUUUCAAAUUGCCUUAGUGGCACACAGCAUGAACAAACCGGUUUAUGUGGCUGCUGAAAGCUACAAGUUUGCUCGCCUUUAUCCAUUGGACCAGAAAGACAUGGCCCCUGCAUUACAUCCCAUUGAUUUUGGGGUACCCAUCCCAUCCAAGGUUGAAGUUGAAAGGUCUGCCCGUGAUUAUACUCCUCCGCAGUAUCUUACUCUGCUCUUCACGGAUUUGGGCGUACUAACUCCGUCGGUGGUCAGCGAUGAGCUUAUUCAGCUAUACUUGUGAUAUUUUCCCAGUUUGUAACUUUUCCCCGAAAUUCAAAUGAGGGGUAGAAUUUUGUUAAAUUUGUACCAUUAUGUGAUAUGAUGCAGGUGUUAAUCUUUUGUAGUUACUGGACCUUCACGUUGUUAAAAGAUUGGAGUCUGCUAAGAGGAUGUUCGCAACCUUCUCACUUGGA